AUGGCAGCAAAGAUGGUGCUCUACAAGCUGGUGGUUCUGGGCGACGGAGGGGUUGGAAAAACUGCCCUGACGAUUCAGCUAACUCUACAACACUUUGUCGAGACUUAUGAUCCUACGAUAGAAGAUUCCUACAGAAAACAAGUCGUAAUAGAUGGGCAAUCCUGUAUGCUUGAAGUUCUUGAUACUGCCGGCCAGGAAGAAUACACGGCACUGCGAGAUCAAUGGAUCCGUGAUGGUGAAGGCUUUGUCUUGGUAUAUUCAAUCUCUUCUCGAUCAUCCUUUACACGCAUCAACCGCUUCCACAAUCAAAUCCAAAGAGUGAAUGCGGACAUGCCUGUGCCAAUAAUGCUGGUUGGGAAUAAAUCUGAUCGAGUCACAGAACGUGAAGUUAGCACUCAAGAAGGUUACGCUUUAGCACGCGAACUGGGCUGUGAAUUCGUCGAAGCAAGCGCAAAAAAUUGUAUCAAUGUUGAAAAGGCCUUCUACGAUGUUGUUCGCCAGCUACGAAGGCAACGUCUUCAGACGUCAGCUCGAACAACUGCCGGCGGAAAAGCCAAGACAGGGGCAAGUGAAGAGAGAGGUGCAGUGAGAGAUGAAGGAAAGAGCUACAGAAGCAAAAGGAGAAAAUGGUUGUGCACCAUCUUAUAG